AUGGAACGAGAAUCCUUCGAUCCGAUUGCAGAAGCCGCUCAGACAGGACUGUUGGGCUCUACUGGGGACGAUGGGACACCUCGUUCUAUCACUGAGCAUCAUUCUAUCACUGAGCGACGUGACGACGUUGCCGAGCGUACUGGUGUCGAGAUAUCCUCCACGGUCUUGGGGCAAGAUAACAGGAAUGGCCAGGUUCCUUUCUAUAUUGGCGAGGCUCCAGGAUUUACAUCCAUUCUCGAUGUCUGCUCCCGGCCGGACCAGACUAUGCUAAAGCAUAUUUUGCUUUCACCGGACACGUCGCCAUCGCUAUCUGCACAAGAUCGGGAAUAUCUUCAACAUAAGGGCGUAUUUACCAUGCCGCAGAAGAAUACAUGUUCCGAGCUUCUCCGCGCAUAUUUCCAUCAUAUACACCCUAUCAUGCCAAUAGUCGAUGUUAAAGUUCUCCUCAAGGUCAAUUCAGGUAUCCAAAUGAGCGAGUGGAAUUUACUGUUAUUAUGGAGCAUGUUCUUUGCGGCGUCAGAUUUUGUCGAUGACAGUAUUUGGUCGCUCGAGGGCUACUCAUCCCGCAAAGAGAUGAAAUUUGCUAUGUAUUCUCGUGCAAAGUGCAUGUACAAUAAUUCCGGCGAGACUGACAAGGUAGUCCUGAUACAAUCGGCCCUCCUCAUGGGAUUCUGGCACUCAAAAGGAGAUAGCCAUGCGCAGCCAUGGUACUGGAUAGGCGUUGCGAUCAGCCUCUGUCAAAUGUUGGGCUUGCACCGAGAUCCGGAUGCAGCCAAGGUCAAUUCAGCCUUUCCUGAUCGCCGGCGUCCUAUUUGGCGUCGUCUUUGGUGGAGUUGUUUCUUCCGAGACCGCUGGUUGAGUUUGACAUUAGGGCGGCCUCUAAGGAUCAAUCUUGACGAUUGCGACCAACCGAUGCCUACAGCUGCUGAUUUGCUCAGUGAUGUGGCUGAACUACCAGCGUCAAUUACCAGCGCUUAUAUCCCGAGCGACUUCCCUCAGUUGGCUGAAUAUUGGGUCAUUUUGAUCAAAUUGAGUAAGCUUUUAGGUGAAAUUCUCGCACUUAGUUAUAAGCCUUUGGGCUCAAACCCGACGAUCCAACAAUUUGACUCGCUCAAAACGGACCUCUUGCAAUUCCGGAUACCAAGUAGGCCUGGACAUGAACAAAGUCGUCUGGCAGCCUUUUAUCUAUACCACUUGCAGCUGCAUUAUCAGGCAUCUUUGAUCACUUUCUACCGCCCUUAUAUCACCAAAAUUCCGGAGCACCUUCCACCUGCCCAUGUGGAGGCGUGGCAAAGUGAGAUACGAAGCCAGCUAGACUCAGCGGCAUUGCAAUCCAACUCUAUUCUCAAUGACCUUGUACGAGAAAGACUUCUUGGUUUCGCCGGUCCGAUGACUCCUACUCUAUUAGUACCGGCUAUGCAUAUCCACCUCCUCAAUUGCAAAUCUGCGGAUGCUCUUACACGUCGUGUAGGCUUCAACAAAUUGGAGCUAUGCAUGAUGGUCAUGGAAGAGUUGCAGGACACGUACGCAGCUGCCGCGGUGUACCGAGGUGUUUUCUUGGGGGCCAUAAACGAACUGCACCCUCAUUUGUUCAUUGGCUCGACCUUCCAAAAUCCGGAUGUAUCUGACGCGUCUAAUCCACGCGUGGAAUCCUCUGAAGCAGCGGCCGUGCCUCCCACAGUCAGCGAUGAUGUCCUCAAUGCACUUUUGGAUGAAACAUCGUUCAUGGACUUUUGGAAUUCUUUUGACUCAUUUAAUGAAAUGCUAUAUUAA